AACAAGCCGAACAAACCUGUUCCUGGGAGCCAGGUGAGCUCAGGUGGGCGGAGCCUGUCCCAGUAUGUGUGAGUGGAGGAAACGGGGCAGGUACGGCAGGCUGUUGGUGCUGACAGAGUUCAGAUGGGCUGCUCCGCUGGAGGCAGACGGACGAACACUGGACUCUUAUUUUCUGUACAUUUUAAUAUGCUUGAGGUUCACAGCAGAACAGGAAACCAGGAUUUGCAGUGAUCAAACUUGGAGUGAAUCCGUCAUCCAUGGAGUCCAACCUGUCCGAGCUGUCCUCCAUCAAGGACGAGAGCCUCUACGUCCAGCCUCACUACCGGGAGUCGUACCGCCUGGCCAUCUACGCCCUGCUGUGCGGCGGCGUCGACGCCUACGAGGAGUACCUGCAGGCGGAGCAGGUCAGCCACUUCCUGUCCGACGAGGAGAUCCGCUUCAUUUUGGAAAACGCAGAGCUGCCGGCUGUGGAUGAGGCCUCAGGAAACGCAGACCGGGUCAGCCCCUCUACCUACUUCCCCACCGAGUCCGAUGAGGAGAUUCCGGAGCUGGAGCUGGGCUGGCCGAAGGCCCGGCAGAACGGCACCGAAACCACCAUCAGCCUGCUGUUCCACCCGCCCCGGCAGGACACGCCGACCAUUAAAGAGGUGGUGCGGAAACAGAUCCAGGUGGCGCAAAAGCUUGUUGCCAUAGCGAUGGAUGUUUUCACCGAUGUGGACAUUUUUAAGGAGCUAAUCAGCGCGGCCCUCAGAGGGGUGAUGGUCUACAUCCUCCUGGAUGACUCCCGGGUCAGCAGCUUCCUCAACAUGUCACGCAGUAUGGGCAUUAACCUCCACGACAUCAAGAGCCUUCGUGUUCGGACGGUUCAGGGGGAUCAGUAUCAGUGUCGGUCAUCAGCGAAGUUUCAUGGAGGCUUGGACCAGCGGUUUAUUCUGCUGGACUUGCAGACGGUUUUAUAUGGAACAUAUAGCUACACCUGGUCCUUUGAGAAGAUCAACCUGAGCAUGGUCCUAGUUAUUACUGGUCAACUAGUUUCUUCCUACGAUGAGGAGUUCAGAAGACUAUACGCUCGCUCCAUAAUUCCUGAAGCUCUGGCCACUGGGAGUCUUACAUCUACGUACCCAAAGUCCAGUCAGCUUUCUCUCAAUCUUCACAUGAAAUCCAGACCUAACAUGAGAGGUUUGAUAAACGACACAUAUAAUGAUGCAGCCACUUUAAACAGGGGCUUCAGUGUGCAGGAGAUGCUGCAUCAGUCUCACUUUACAGACACAGGGAGCGGUCACAAUUAUGGUGGAGAUUUGCAUAAGUUGAAUUCCAUGAGACGCCUGAGAAUGGGAACCAAGAACCUUGGCACCACACCGAGGCACAGCAGAGAUGUGCAGCCACCAAACAGAGCAUCUCAGCAGCACCUGAGGCACCAGACUCGCUAUGGCACAGACCACAAUCUGAUACCAUUCAACUCUGAAACAUCUCUUAACAAAUGGAAGAUGAACACAUACCUGACAGAGAGCAGUAUACCUCCUGAUGCAGAGGCCCCUGUGAGUAGUCCACAUAGCAGUCAGAUGGGCUUAAAUGAGUAUCAGUCACAGAUGAUUCACAGCAGGUCAAUGAAAAUUAAGUCUAGAAUGGAGGAAAUGAGGCUAAAAAGGCUAAGCUUGCAGGAGCAUGCCAAUCUCAGGCAAAGCCAAGAAUCAUUGCGAUCUUUGCAGUCAACUGCAGAAAGACCCCAACAUAUGAGAACUCAUCAUGGAAGACCAAGGGGUGUAGAAAUAAAUCCAAAUACACAAAACACUCUCAGUUUGAAAGACAAUGAACUCUUUAAGGAAUCUGACAGAACAGAACAAAGUUUCAUGGAUAGUAAACACUCGGCCUCUCCUGGCAAUAUCAAAAUGGGUGCCGAUCGAAAGACAAUGCACAACUGUGCUCCUGCAGGGACACAGUCAGAUACUGGAUUAGAUUCAAAACUCAGUGAUUCAACUCUCAAGAUCUCUUGUUUAAUUUCUGGCAGUCUGAGGCAGUCCAGGAUGAUGGAGUCUUUGACCGAGAUGCCUGAAGAAAAAGAGCCAUUAAACCCUCCUGGUGAUCUCUUUGAAUCAGCACUUAGAGACAAAAAUGAAAUGAGGUCUAAAGAUGAGAGAGUUGUCCAGGGAGAACACCUUAUGAAAUCAAGCUUACCUGUAGAAUCAAGUCAUCAUCAUAAAACUGGUGAAAGUUAUGGUUCGAUCCAAAAUAAAAUAGACUCACCUCCUCCAAGAGAAGCUAACAAAUCCCUUCAUGUACCCUCAGCAGAAUCUGGUCCUUCUGCAGAGCCUCAAAGAGUUACUACAAAGAAAGAGCACACGCAGAAGGAGUUUACAGACAAGGAAAAGAAAAUCUCCAGGAAAGAGAAGCGGUCCCUACUGAAAUCCCAGAACAGUUCGGACUCAAACCUAUCGCUCCAGACAUACCUUUCUAAAACGUCUUCUUUAGGGCGACUGAAUAAGAAAGAACCGUCAACAGAGACGUCCCAGCAGCAAAACUCUCUCAGUGGGCUAUCGGAGACAGAAAAACGGACAGAAAAACAGAAAUCUCCUUUCUCAAAGCUGUCCUCUCAGCGAUCAAACAAAAGAAAGACAACGCCUUCGGCAGAUCAGGACCAAGGCUCAACAGGCGCUCUGGACAAUGAAGCAGCAUCGGACUCUCAAGUCAAGAGAGAAAGAGCUUACAGUCGCUAUGAGCUCCUAAUUGGCAAUGAUAACAUCCACCUGGAUAAGCCAGGAAGGUCGACGAAGAGCUCAGACAAAGUGAAAAGCCUGUCCCUAACCAGACGGGGUGACGACCUUCGUACGCAUCAGACACAAGGGGGCGCUGACAAUAAACUGGGGCGACUAAUGCAGCGAAUGGGAAAUCUGAUUAAUAAAAAUAAAUAGGCACAUCCAGUAGGGGGCGCUGGUUAGAUUGGCCUUUUAAGUUGAACCUUUGCUGUUUUGGUCAAUCUGUCCCACUGUGGGACAUUUCAUACAGGUCAAUCCAUACCUUCAUGAUCGAAGGUAAUUUUCUAUAUUCUAUUUAUAGCUUAAUGUGAAUCCAAUGGGAUAAAUCAAUAGUAGCAACAGGGGU